AUGCCCACCCUCGAUGUAUCUGCGUACACACCGCAAGAGGUUCCACUCCCACCAGCAAAGCCUGCGAACUUCUUUACAGAGCUACAGUGGAAGACAUUCUUCGCACUAGCGGAUGCAGUUGUGCCUGCAAUUCACACCAAGGCAACAUCCAAAUCGUCGAACGACCGAGUUGUCUCAGACGCAGAGUACAAUUCCGCUGUGGCCAGCUUAGCAACUUUGAUCUCGGGGCCCGAUGCAAACUCUAUUGCUACUCGAUAUCUGCAGGAAGAUGUGUCAUCUAACCCACUGUUCCGUUCCACUGCUGCGCGUAUCUUGAGUGACCACGUUCACGACGAGGGCAGGAAUGGGGUCGGGCUCGUCCUAAGCGCACUUGGUUCCCGCGCUGGCUCGUUGGUUCUCACCGGUUCUACCACGCUCAUCCAUGAUCAGCCGAUUGAAUUCCGGGAACGAAUCGUCAGAGGAUGGGACACCUCUCGGUUACCGCCUCUUCGCGCAGUCUACCGAGGACUGUCCGCCAUCAUCAAGAAGUCCUGGGUGAUGACCAGUCCUACCAUUGGCCCCGUUUUAGGUUUCCCACGUGUGCCUGUGCAUGGGAAACCCGCCGCCGGAUUUGACUAUGAGUUUUUGCAAUUACCCCCAGGGGACCAACCAGAGAUCAUUGAGACCGACGUUGUCAUUGUCGGAAGUGGCUGCGGUGGCAGUGUGGCGGCUAAGAAUCUUGCCGAAGCUGGUCACCGGGUGCUAGUUGUGGAGAAAUCUUAUUCCUACCCAUCUAAUGCGUUCCCCAUGAACCCAAAUGAAGGGUUCGUCAACAUGUUCGAAAAUGGUGGGGCGAUCUUCAGCGAUGAUAGCUCCAUGGCCGUUCUAGCGGGAUCGACCUGGGGAGGUGGUGGUACUGUGAACUGGUCGGCAUCUCUGCAGACACAAGGCUAUGUCCGACAGCAAUGGGCCGACACUGGCCUGCCUUUCUUCACCUCUUGGGACUUCCAGAGGAGUCUUGAUCGGGUCUGUGAUCGCAUGGGUGUCAACUCAGACAAGGUCGAGCAUAACGCUCAGAACAACGUCAUAUUGAAUGGCGCACGCAAACUAGGAUAUGCCGCCAACACAGUGCCCCAGAAUACCGGCCACGGUGAACACUACUGUGGUUACUGUACUCUGGGAUGUUCCUCGGGGGCAAAGAAGGGCCCUACGCAAACCUUCCUUGCGGAUGCCGCCUCGGCCGGGGCCAAGUUUAUGGAAGGUUUCCAGGCUGACAAGGUGAUCUUUACUAAAGUCAAGGGUAAACAGGCUGCCUCCGGAGUGAAAGGAACUUGGAGGUCACGAGAUUCAUACCUCGGUCUUACCGGCACCGGUGUGGUGGAGCGCAAAGUCAUCAUCAAGGCGAGGAAAGUAGUUGUGUCCGCCGGAACACUGCAGAGUCCUCUUCUGCUCCUGCGUAGUGGGCUGAAAAACUCUCAGAUUGGCCGCAACCUCCACCUUCAUCCAGUCAUGGGUGGCGGUGCAGUUUUCGAUGAGGAGACUCGACCCUGGGAGGGCUCCGCACUGACAACGGUGGUCAAUGAGUUUGAAAAUCUGGAUGGACAAGGACAUGGCGUGAAGAUUGAGGCAGUCUCAAUGGUGCCAUCCGUGUUCAUCCCCGUCUUCCCUUGGCGCAAUGGCUUGGAAUACAAACUUUGGGCCGCCAACAUGCGCCGAACCACCAGCUUUAUCACUCUGACGAAGGAGCGUGACCCUGGUCGUGUUUACCCAGACCCUGUUGAUGGUCGAUGCCGCAUCGACUACACCAUUUCAGCAUUCGAUCGAAAGCACAUAGUCGAAGCCAUCAUCGCCAGUGCUAAGAUCGCAUAUAUCUCAGGUGCCAAGGAGUUCCAUACCACAUAUCGCGAUGUUCCACCGUUCAUCCGACCCCAGGCCUCGACUCCGGAGUCCCCCGAGGGGACUAACGACGCAGCUCUGCAGAGUUGGAUUGCCGAGGUGCGUCGUAAGUCCCCUCUCAAUCCGGAGCGUGGUCUGUUUGCCAGUGCCCAUCAAAUGGGCACGUGUCGCAUGAGCAAAUCGCCCAAGUCGGGCGUGGUGGACCCGAACUGUCAGGUCUGGGGCUCGGAGGGACUUUACGUUGUGGAUGCCUCUGUCUUCCCUAGCGCGAGUGGCGUUAAUCCUAUGGUGACCAACAUGGCGAUUGCAGAUUGGGCCAGCCAGAAUUUGGCCCGGGUAAUGGGAGGUCAUAAACAGGGUAAUGUGAUGGCUCGUCUGUGA